AAGGCAGAGUAAUUCAUUGGGAGACUUAGAUAAUUCUGGUCGAUUCAGUGACAAUAUGCUCAGAGCAAUUGUGAAGUUUUUGUUAGUAGUUAGUGUAAGUUAUGUUGUAGCGAAACGGGUGCCUCAAAAUGAAACGGUCAACGAUGAAAAUAUUGAAGAAAUGGCACAAAAGCCAGUUUGCCACUACAGUGACCCCAAUGUUGGUGAAUGCAUUAAACGGGUAGCUGAGCAAGCGAGAGCGCUGCUAGCUCACGGCAUCCCCUCAUUCGGGAUCCAACCCCUUGAGCCCUUGAAGGUACCAAGCAUACGAUUGAGGCAGCACAAUAUGCCACAAAAUAGAUUCAAAUAUGAUGCCUGGCUCUCGGAUUUGGAGCUUGAUGGGUUGACAAAUUACACGUUUAAUAAACUGGACGUGUACCCAGAAGAUUUAAAGGUGUCUGGUAACAUUAGCCUUCCACACUUGGUGAUGUCGGGAGAGUACGUUAUAAUUGGAGAAUUCCAAAUGCUACCUGUCGAAUCCACGGGCUUCAUAUCUGCUAAUUUUACUCAAUGUACUGCAGCUCUUGACGCUGUAGGUGCGAAAGUUCACAAAAGGAUAGUAAUUAAAGACGCUAAUGUGAAAUUGCGUUGCGCCGGACCGUUGGAUGCAAGUCUUAAAGAAGCUCAUUCUACUACCGGGGAAAUGGAAAUGGUAACAAAACACAUAGUACACAUGCAUGCGAGCGAAUUGGCAAAAGAAGUUCAACCAGCAGUGGAGACAGCUCUCAGCAUGGUCCUAGAGGACAUCGCUAACAAAUUCCUGAAGCACGUCCCUCCCAACAUGGUGUUCCCUGCUUAGUGCCACCUGUUCUUAACAUUUUGUGUUGUUUGUUUUAUUAUCUGCGCAAUUAUCUUAGUGCUAGUCAUAAAACGAUAUAACUGGUGCAAUAAUGCACCUUGAUGUUGAAUAAGUAUCCGUAUAAUUAAACUGUAUGGAUUGAGUAUAAUUAUUUAUUGCUGAAGGCUUAUUUAUUUAAUUUAUUGUUUCCAAAUGCGAUGUAUGUUCGACGAUGUUUCGUUGUCGAGUGACGAGUCUUGUCUACGCUGCAUUUUCUUCAGAUUAUUGUGUGUACCUUGUAUUAAAUUGAUAAAAAAUAAA